AUGUAUGAUACGCUAAGAAACCUCUUACACCCAGAGAAACCUGCCAGCAAGCCAUUGGCAAGCCUGAUUACUCUGUUAACUAGCCAUUUCCAACCAAAACCACUAGAGAUAGCAGAGAGAUUUAAAUUCUAUAAAAGAAGACAAGAACCUGGUGAAUCAGUUUCCGCAUAUGCCAUUGCGUUACGGAAACUCGCCAGCACCUGCUGUUUUGGGGACUACCUGCACACUGCUCUGCGAGACCAGUUUGUAAUGGGCAUUGCAAGUGAUACAGUGCUAAGGGGACUGCUUACAGAAGAAGAUUUAACAUUUACAAAGGCAAUGAACAUGGCAAGCAUUAUAGAACAAGCCUCUAAGGAUGCUAAUCUAUUACACAGCAGACUGGACAAUACACAGGAGGCAGAGCUAGAAGUUUUAAAAUUAGACGCUAGAGCGCGGAGUAUACCACAGGGAAAGAAACUUUCAAAACAGGAACAUUCACAUUACAAAUGUUAUCGCUGCGGAGCUGCUACACAUGUUGCAACUACAUGCAGAUUCAAGGAUGCCAAGUGUCAUGCUUGUGGUAAAAUGGGCCACCUACAAAGAGUGUGUAAAUCCACAGCAGAGAGAGGCAGUAAUCGCUUGAGAGACAGAGCAAAGAAUGCCUAUAGAGUACAAAUGCAGGAGUCUUCUGAGGAUUCGGAUGAACGAUUUCCUGUCCGAAAUGUAAAAAUAUAUAAAAUAGGUUCUAAUUUGGCUGCAUUCACAGUUCAGGUUGUUGUAAAUGGAAAGGAACGGACUAUGGAUUUGGAAACAGGUGCAGCUGUAUCAGUGAUUUCUUUGACUGACUGGAAACGCCUUAAAAUACAUAGGCCAAUAAUUCAGACAACAGCGAGACUGCAGACAUAUUCUAAAGAGCUGUUAAUACCAGUGGGUUGUGUGACAGUCACAGUUACAUUCAACAAGUGUAAGAAGAAACUACCUCUAUAUCUUAUAGAACGGAGGACCUCCACUUUUUGGUAG